CAGGGGCUAUCGGCUCUUGCAGGGGACCCGGCUCCUCAACCUCCUGCCCCCGAGGCCUGGACGAGUCACCCUUCGCCCCAAGGGCUGCUGGCAGGGCUAGGAGAGGCCUUAGCCGUGACCGGCUGGGCCCAGGAGAGGUCCCCACUGGCCGAGUGUCUUCCUUCCUCACACCCUCAUGGGGCCUGGACCCUGGGCUGAGCCUCCGCCUCCCCCCAGCUUCCUCCCACCUUCUCUCCUCUCCGGCCUCCCUUCUGUUCUCUUGAGGUCUGCCUGACUCCUCCUGCCCCUGUCCCUCGCUGUCACUUCUGACUGGCCGUCUCUGGCCCUCUUUCAGUCAUGCCUCCUUUCCACUUCCCCACCUCCCUGUUUCGUGGGUCUCGCAUUCCAUUCCUCCCCGUGUCCGUCUCUCGGCCUCCCCCCGCUGCCUCUGCCCCCCUGUGACACACUGGGGACACUCGGGCUGUCCAGGCACACCUGCUCUGACCCUCUGUCUGGUGAUUCUUCCCCUUCCAGAUAGGGCUGGUGGUCAUCCUGGUGUCCACGGUGGUGGCCAUGUCGGCCGUGGCCCAGCUGUGGGAGGACGAGUGGGAGGUUCUGCUGAUCUCCCUGCAGGGCACAGCGCCAUUCCUGCACGUGGGGGCCCUGGUCGCUAUCACUGCGCUCUCCUGGAUUGUGGCGGGACAGUUCGCCCGGGCAGAACGGUCCUCCUCCCAGAUGGUCAUUCUCUGUACCUUCUUCAUCGUGGUGUUUGCCUUCUACCUGGUGCCUCUCACCAUCUCCUCUCCCUGCAUCAUGGAGAAGAAGGAUCUGGGCCCCAAGCCAGCCCUCAUCGGCCACCGCGGCGCCCCCAUGCUGGCCCCAGAGCACACGCUGAUGUCCUUCCGGAAGGCCCUGGAACAGAAGCUAUAUGGGUUACAGGCUGAUGUCACCAUCAGCCUGGAUGGUGUGCCCUUCCUCAUGCAUGACAACACCCUGCGGCGAACCACUAACGUGGCAGAGGAAUUCCCGGAGCUCGCCCGCAGGCCCGCCUCCAUGCUGAACUGGACCAUCCUGCAGAGGCUCAACGCCGGCCAGUGGUUCCUGAAGGCGGAUCCCUUCUGGACGGCCAGCUCCCUGUCGCCCUCCGACCACAGGGAGGCGCAGAACCAGUCCAUCUGCAGCUUGGCAGAGCUCCUGGAGCUGGCCAAGGGCAACGCCACACUGCUGCUCAACCUGCGUGACCCGCCUCGGGAGCACCCGUUCCGCAGCAGCUUCCUCAACGUCACGCUGGAGGCCCUGCUGCGCUCCGGCUUCCCCCAGCACCAGGUCCUGUGGCUGCCCAACCGGCAGAGGCCCUUCGUGCGGAAGGUGGCUCCUGGCUUCCAGCAGACGUCGGGCUCCAAGGAGGCGGCCACCAGCCUGCGGAGAGGCCACAUCCAGAGGCUGAACCUGCGCUACACUCAGGUGUCCCGCCAGGAGCUCAGGGACUAUGCGUCCUGGAACCUGAGUGUGAACCUCUACACGGUCAACACGCCGUGGCUGUUCUCCCUGCUGUGGUGUGCGGGGGUCCCCUCUGUCACCUCCGACAACUCCCACACCCUGUCCCAGGUGCCUUCCCCCCUCUGGAUCAUGCCCCCAGACGAGUACUGUCUCAUGUGGGUCACCGCGGACCUGAUCUCCUUCAUGCUCAUCAUUGGCAUCUUCGUCCUCCAGAACUAUCACUUGAUCAGGUGGCGCCUGGGUGGCAUACGGAGCUACAACCCCGAGCAGAUCAUGCUGAGUGCUGCGGUGCGCCGGACCAGCCGGGACGUCAGCAUCAUGAAGGAGAAGCUCAUCUUCUCAGAGAUCAGCGACGGCAUGGAGGUCUCCGAUGAGCUCUCUGUAUGUUCAGACAACAGUUAUGACACGUAUGCCAACAAUGCUCCCACCCCUAUGGAUAACCGAAGGAGUGGCAGCCGCACCAAGACGCUCACAGACCGCAGUGGGUGUUAGCCGAAGACCUGUCUGUCCCAGCCUGUAUCUAAUGUGGAGACCAGGGAACCCAAGAGAGCUGGCAGAAGCAUGUCUGGCCUGGGAGUGCGCUGGGAGCUGGCUCCAUGGCCUCCUCAUUGGCUCCAGCCCUCUGUCAGCCAUGGCCUCCCUUGGAGGGGGCUCCCCUCUCUCCUGAGGCCCCCUUGGGUCAGGACUCCAGCCUCACAGAUGCCCCUGCAGGCCUGGGGCUCCUUCUGGAAAGUUUGGAGCCUGGGGCCUGGUCCUCCCCUGGAGGCCUUCCCUUAUAUCCUGAUCUGGAAGCUCUGAUGAGUCACUGGGCUAUGCCAUGCCCCCUGUGGCAGUUGAGAAUGUGGAUAUCCACCUGUCCGUCCUGUCUAUGCUCAGAGGCAAUCAACUUCUGCAUGUCUCCUGCCUCGAGGGCCUGGACUGGGCCUCUGUUCUUCAUGUCAGUCUCAAAAGCACAAGGAUUUUCAGCCCAGGAGGAAAGCCUGCUGCAGUGGUGGAGACGUUCCUCCCCGACCGGCCUCCUACCAGGAGAGGGACCGAGUCACGUCCCCAGGAGCAGCUGGAGAUGGCCAGAAGAGUAGGCUUAAGGCUGCUUUUACCCCUUACCUAAGUGUCCAGCAGGCCUCUAGGGCAGAGUGGCACAGAGGCCCAGGAGAUCCACAGACUGACACAACCUCAGGUUUCCACAUCUGUGGCCACAGAGCAGUGGCCACAUGGGAAAGAGUGUUCUAAGCAUGGCCAAAGGUGGGCAUAUGGCCAAGGAGGCCUAUAGCAGAGCGAACCUGAGGGCCUUGGUCAAUAUGAUUAAAGCUGCCAUCUUGA